CAGUGAGCAGAAGUAUUUCGGAAAACCAAAAAUGUCCCAAAGGAUUGAGGGUGUAAUCAAAGGACUUCUUGUGGUGGUUCUGGCUUUUAUGGUAGUUCAAACUGUUUCCGAUUGCAAUGUCUGUCAAUCGAAUCAAGUGGCCUGCAUUAACUCCACCUCAUUUUAUUUGUGUUUCGGAGAUGGAACCCCGCAUCGUGAUCAAUUGUACCACUGCCUAGAGGGAUUCGAUUGCACCAACCUCACCGCAAUUUGUGUUCAAAAAAGCAGCCAACGCCCUCCAAGUUGUGGAGAUACUUCGCAAUGCGGCCAAUGCAAUGCCAAUCGGAAUUAUCUGUUUGCCUGUCAGAGUCGCGGAAUCUUUCAGAUGUGCUACGGAGCCACUAGACCCACUGGAAAGUUUGGCUACUGCCCCUCGGGAACGGUUUGUGAUGCAACCAGUACUUCGAUUUGCGUUCCUGAGGUGGAGAAUCAAACGCUGACUUGCGAUAUAAAUGAUGAACUGGUGGAUACCACAACUCCUUCUUCGGUGACAACUGAAAGUAGCAGUAGUGCUGAUUCCACGGUGGAAAGUAGUACUGAAACCAGCACUGAAAGCACCACUGAGUCCACUGUAGUCAGCACCACCGAUCUGACCACCACAGUGACACCUCUAACACCCGCUCAAAUGUGCGUCGAAAGAAAUGCCACUGGACUUUUUGCCAUCAUUCCCGCAGAUCCCUAUUGCCAACGCUACAUUAGUUGCUACUUUAAUAACAACGUGCUUAUCAGAUCCGCGGAAUACAACUGCCCGACGGGCACCUACUUCGUGUCCCAGACCCAAAGUUGCGUCUACGUCAAUCCGGGCAAUUGUCUUUAG